AUGGCACCUAUUGCGGUCUCUCCAGAACCUGCGGUAUCGCCCUCUGCCACCCACUCUCUGUCGUCUGUAACAACUGCCUACGAUGAUAGCCUGCGAUUCUACCUCAACGGUACCAAAGUGGUGAUCGACAACAUCGACCCCGAGACCACACUCCUCGAAUACCUCCGUGGCAUUGGCCUUACGGGAACAAAGCUGGGAUGUGCUGAAGGAGGUUGUGGAGCUUGUACAGUCGUAGUCUCACAAUUCAACCCUACAACGAAGAAGAUCUACCAUGCGAGUGUGAAUGCUUGUCUGGCGCCGCUGGUCAGCGUGGAUGGCAAGCAUGUUAUCACAAUCGAGGGAAUUGGGAAUACCAAAAGGCCGCAUCCUACACAGGAGAGAAUCGCCAAAGGAAAUGGAAGCCAGUGCGGAUUCUGUACACCGGGCAUAGUCAUGAGUCUGUAUGCUCUUCUGCGAAACGAUUCGAGUCCCUCGGAACAUGAUGUCGAGGAAGCAUUUGACGGAAAUCUAUGCAGAUGUACUGGAUAUCGACCUAUAUUGGAUGCGGCUCAGACAUUCAGUGUGGAUAAGUCUUGUGGCAAGGCAAAGGUAAAUGGCGGUGGUGGAUGCUGUAUGGAGAAUGGGAAUGGUGGCGGUGGCUGCUGCAAAGAUGGCUUCAAGGAUGACCAGCCGAUCAAGCGUUUUACACCCCCUGGAUUUAUCGAGUACAACCCUGACACGGAGCUCAUAUUUCCUCCUUCUCUUACCAAGCAUGAAUUCAGACCAUUGGCUUUUGGCAAUAAGAGAAAGAGGUGGUACCGCCCGGUCACGAUUGAACAGCUUCUGGAAAUCAAGAGCGUUUAUCCUUCGGCCAAGAUCAUUGGCGGCUCGACGGAAACUCAAAUAGAGAUCAAGUUCAAGGGCAUGCAGUACACAGCUUCUGUCUUUGUCGGUGAUAUUCCAGAGCUGCGGCAAUAUACCUUCAAGGAUGGUCACCUUGAGAUUGGCGGGAAUGCCAUUCUCACUGAUUUGGAGGCGAUUGCACUCAAGGCUAUAGAUCAUUAUGGCCCUGUGAAAGGUCAGGUUUUUGCCGCAAUCCAUAAGCAGUUGAAGUACUUUGCAGGUCGUCAGAUCAGAAAUGUCGGAACGCCAGCUGGUAACCUCGCUACUGCAUCUCCCAUCUCGGAUCUGAACCCAGUGUUCGUCGCAUCUAAUGCCAUCAUUGUGGCCAAGUCAUUAGACAAGGAAACUGAGAUUCCAAUGUCACAAUUCUUCAAAGGGUAUCGAAUGACUGCGCUUCCACCAGAUGCAAUUAUCGCAAGCAUUCGCAUUCCGGUCACAAGCGAGAAGGGAGAGUUUUUCCAGGCUUUCAAACAGGCGAAGCGGAAGGACGAUGAUAUUGCGAUCGUCAAUGCUGCUCUUCGAGUCUCCCUCAGUGAUAAACACGUUGUGGAAAGCGCUGAUCUCGUGUAUGGUGGUAUGGCUCCUACGACUGUAGCUGCGAAGACUGCGGGAGCCUACCUUGUUGGUAAGUCCUUAAUAGAUCCAGCAACAUUGGAAGGCACCAUGAAUGCACUGGAACAAGACUUUGAUCUUCGCUUUGGAGUGCCUGGGGGUAUGGCAACUUACCGGAAGUCACUUGCGCUGGGGUUCUUCUACCGCUUUUACCAUGAGGUGCUCUCGAAGCUUGAGGUGCAGGAAGCGGAUCCGGAUCAAGAAGUUAUUGCAGAGAUCGAAAGAUCGAUUUCGAUGGGGAAAGAAGACCGUGACGCAACUGUCGCCUAUCAACAGAACAUUCUUGGUAAAGCAAAUCCUCAUGUGGCAGCAUUGAAACAGACAACAGGAGAAGCUCAAUAUACAGAUGAUAUCCCGGUCCAAAAGAAUGAGCUCUAUGGCUGUCUUGUGCUGUCAACUAAAGCUCAUGCCAAAGUCCUCUCGGUAGACUAUUCCCCUGCGAUGGAUGUCCCUGGAGUUGUCCGAUUCGUGGAUCAUACCGAUAUGCCAUCGCCAGAAGCCAACUACUGGGGCGCCCCCGUUUGCGAUGAGCCAUUUUUUGCUGUCGACGAGGUUUUCACUGCUGGUCAGCCAAUUGGUAUUGUCUUAGCCGACAGUGCCGCGCAUGCCUCGCUAGGAGCAAGAGCUGUCAAGGUCGAAUAUGAGGAACUUCCAGCGAUAUUCACGAUCGAGGAGGCAAUCGAGAAGGAGAGCUUCUUUGAGCAUUACAGAUAUAUCAAGAAGGGAGACACAGCAGAAGCAUUCAAGAAUGCAGAUCAUGUGUUUACUGGCGUUACUAGGAUGGGUGGGCAAGAGCAUUUCUAUCUUGAGACUAACGCUGUUGUCGCUGUGCCGAAGCCAGAAGAUGGGGAGAUGGAGAUUUAUGCUAGUACACAGAAUCCUACCGAAACGCAAACCUACGUUGCAAAAGUAUGCGACGUUGCUGCCAACAAAGUCGUUUCGAAAGUCAAGCGUCUAGGUGGUGGCUUUGGCGGCAAAGAGACCAGAUCAAUACAGCUUACCUGUAUUGUAGCACUUGCCGCCAAGAAAACUGGGCGACCUGUUCGCUGCAUGUUGAACCGCGACGAAGAUAUGGUGACGUCUGGCCAGAGACAUCCUUUCCUUGCCCAUUGGAAAGUCGCAGUGAACAAGGAUGGAAAGCUCCAAGCUCUAGAUGCGGACGUUUUCUGCAACGGUGGUUGGACCCAAGACCUGAGUGCCGCUGUUUGCGACAGAGCAUUGUCCCAUAUCGACGGCUGUUAUCUCAUCCCUAAUGUUGAUGUACGAGGUAGGCUAGCGAAGACCAAUACCAUGAGCAAUACAGCUUUCCGAGGGUUUGGAGGACCGCAGGGUAUCUUCAUCUCGGAGUCUUAUAUGGAGGAGAUCUCCGACCGUUUGGACAUUCCUGUUGAGAGGCUUCGGGAGAUAAAUUUCUAUAAGCCGGAUGAGGAGACCCAUUUUAACCAGAGUCUUAAGGAUUGGCAUGUCCCAAUCAUGUACCAGCAAGUAAAGGAGGAAUCGAACUACGCGGAGCGUCGAGAAGCCAUAACCAAGUUCAACGCUGAGCAUAAGUGGAAGAAGCGAGGUCUUUCUCUCAUCCCAACGAAAUUUGGUAUAUCCUUUACAGCGCUCUUCCUCAACCAGGCCGGUGCUUUGGUUCACAUUUAUCACGAUGGCUCUGUUCUGGUCGCUCAUGGUGGAACAGAAAUGGGACAAGGUCUCCAUACAAAGAUGACAAUGAUUGCGGCCGAAGCACUGGGAGUGCCAUUGCAAGAUGUGUUCAUCUCGGAAACUGCUACUAACACAGUGGCAAACACUUCGUCAACUGCUGCAUCUGCAUCGUCAGAUUUGAAUGGCUACGCAAUUUUUAAUGCUUGUGCCCAGCUCAAUGAAAGACUUGCACCUUUCCGAGAAAAAUUUGGAAAGGAUGCUCCGAUGAGCAAACUUGCAAGUGCGGCGUACUUCGAGCGAGUGAAUCUCUCGGCAAAUGGAUUCUACAAAACACCAGAUAUUGGAUAUACUUGGGGACCCAACACAGGGAUGAUGUUUUACUACUUUACCCAAGGCGUCUCUGCCGCCGAAGUCGAGGUCGACACUCUGACUGGUGACUGGACAUGUCGACGAGCAGACGUCAAAAUGGACAUCGGACGCUCGAUCAACCCUUCCAUCGACUACGGUCAAAUCGAAGGAGCCUUCGUACAAGGCAUGGGUCUCUUUACCACCGAAGAAUCUCUCUGGUUUCGAGGCGGCCCUAUGAAAGGCCAGCUCGCUACUCGUGGCCCCGGCGCCUACAAGAUCCCCGGGUUCCGCGACAUCCCGCAAGAAUUCAACGUCUCGCUUCUCAAGGACGUGACAUGGGAGAAUCUCCGCACCGUGCAGCGCAGUAGAGGUGUCGGCGAGCCACCACUGUUCAUGGGUAGCUCUGUCUUCUUCGCUAUUCGCGAUGCGCUAAAGGCUGCUAGGAGCCAGUAUGGUGUCAAGGCCGAAGUGGGGGAGGAUACGAAAGGGGAUGGUUUACUGGUUUUGGAGAGUCCGGCGACGCCAGAAAGGAUUAGGACCAGUUGUGUGGAUCCGAUUAUCAAGAGGGCAUUGGUUACGCCGAGGGAGGGGGAGAAGAGCUUCUUUAUUGCGAUUUGA